AUGGCGACCUCGGAUAAGGAUCGGACGUUAGAUGAACCAGCUCUCGCGCCUAUUGAGCUAUUCCCCAUCUCCACCGGACAAAUUCCAUCUGUGGAAUCGGAGACUGCCAAAGAAUGCCAUUCUUCGGAAGACAGCAGAGAGGUGAAGGCGCCAGACUUGUCGAAUGACCGGCGCCCUGGGGCCCUUGAAACUCCAUCGGAGGAUGGAGGUAUGCCGGUACUUGAAUCCCCCAGAAUAUCAAAGGCCAAAGGUGCAACAGUUAUCAUUACCUUGGCUGGCAUAAGUUUCUUAAACACAAUGGGAUCUGGCAUUCUCAUUGCCGCACUACCACGGAUAGCAAAGGAUGUUGGCCUGUCUGAAAGUUUGAUACUCUGGCCAGCAGCAGUUUAUGCACUGGCUGCAGGCUGUCUUCUCCUGAUAUUUGGCGCUGUGGCCGAUGUUAUUGGGGCCAAAUUGAUGUGGGUUGUGGGAAGCUAUCUCUUUGUUAUAUUCUCCCUUGCUAUUGGAUUUUCGCAGACGAGCAUACAGAUUAUCCUUUUUCGAACUUUCCAAGGUGCUGCAAUAUCCAUGUGUCUACCUACUGCGGUGAGCCUCAUUACCAACACGUUCCCUAAAGGCCCAUGGCGCAAUGUUGCCUUUGCUAUGAACGGAAUGGGACAGCCUCUUGGUUAUGCCGCUGGAUUGGUACUGGGAGGUAUCUUCACAGACACUAUCGGCUGGAGGUGGGCCUAUUACAUGAUGGCAAUUAUCAACUUCUGUCUCUCUACAGCUUCUAUAUGGUCCUUACCAUCGGUUCACAAGUAUUCCGAUAAGCUGUGGUACCGCCGUCUUGCUGAAGAUAUCGACUGGCUCGGGGCGAUGAUUAUGAGUGUUGCACUGGGCCUGUUGAUGUACGUUCUGGCUAUGGCUACCUCCUCCUAUAAGAGGGUCGGGAACGCUCAAAACAUCGCUCUUCUUGUUGUCUCAACCCUCUUGCUUGCAACCUUCCCUUUUUGGAUGAGCUUCCAGGUGAAAAGGGCGAGACCGGCGCUUAUCCCAAACAAACUCUGGAAGAAUAGUGCGUUCACUUCAAUUUGCGCAUCGGUAUUUUUCUGCUGGGCAUCUCUUAAUGGAAUUGAGUACUUCACAACCUUAUACUUCCAAAAGGUAGAAGGCAUAACAGCACUUCAAAGUUCCAUCCGCUUCCUUGCUCAUAUAAUAAUGGGCGCGUGUGUCAAUGUUGCGACAGCAUAUCUUAUUUCCAGGGUCAAGGUUCAGACACUAGGCGUUGUUUCGGCUUUGAUAUCCAUGAUUGCACCUAUUCUUAUGGCAACGAUUAAAAUCGGAGAAAACUACUGGUUCUCGCCGUUUUGGGCAUUGUUUCUAUCACCCGUCAAUCCAGAUGUACUUUUCACAGUCUCCAACUUAAUCAUUUCUGACGCAUUUCCGCCGGAUAUCCAGUCUUUGGCUGGAGGGGUAUUUAACGAAGUUGCGCAGUUCGGAAACUCAGUCGGGCUUGCAGUUACAGCCUCUAUAGCUGCAUCAAUAACAGACCACAAAGCCAUCCAAGAUCAUAAAGAGGGGCUUAUGCUUGGUUAUAGAGGCGCCUUUUGGACUAUAUUUUCGAGUUGUGCUCUUGUCGUGAUCAUUACGUUCUUUGGUUUGCGAAAAGGGGGAACUGUUGGGAAAAAGGAAGAAUAA